UGAAUAAUCCAUCACUCCUUUGUUUGGUGAAUUGUGUUCAUCUUUAAGAAAAUGGGGAGGUUAAUACGGUUUUCCCAAAUUCUCUGCCUUUCCUUCAUGUUGUUACAGUUUCGAGUCCAAAGCUCCUCACCUUCUCGAUCUUCUCUCGAUUCAUCACCACAUUUGUGCCGUCCUGAAGAGCGUUCUGCAUUGCUUGAUUUCAAAAGCACUACUAAAUUGGUGGACGGCUGUUUUGAUACUCCUCGUCCUAUGGCUAUAAUACAAACUUGGAAUGAGAGUAAAGACUGCUGCUUGUGGAAGGGCAUCACAUGCGACAAGCCGAAAGGCCACGUGAUUGGCCUUGAUCUUAGCAAUAAUUGUCUUGAAGCCAAUCUAACUACAAAUAGUAGUCUCUUCCGCCUUGAGAAAUUGCAGAGCCUCAACCUUGCUUACAACGAAUUUAGCUACCCCAAUCUCUAUUUUGGGUUCGACCGUUGGAAGAGUUUGACAUAUCUUAAUCUUUCAAAUUCAGGAUACAUGGAUGGCUCUUUCCUGUUUGAUGAGAUCUUCUUGUUACCGAAAUUGGUUUCACUCGAUCUCUCUGGUAAUUAUGGUUUGCUUCUUGACAACAUAAAGUUUCAAAUGCUUGUGCAUAACUUAUCAGAAUUAAGGUUUCUUAUCCUUGAUCUUGUGAAUAUGUCUCUGGUUGUGCCUUCUUCCUUGCUAAACUUGACUUCUUCCUUGGAGCAUUUGAGCCUUAGUUUUUGUAAUUUGCAAGGAAACUUUCCAAGCCAAGUUUUUCAGCUAACGAAAUUGGUUUCACUCGAUCUCUCUCUUAAUGAUUUGCUUCUUGAUAACGUAAACUUUCAAAUGCUUGUGCAUAACUUAACAGAAUUAAGGUUUCUUAUCCUUGAUUAUGUGAAUAUGUCUCUGGUUGUGCCUUCUUCCUUGCUAAACUUGACUUCUUCCUUGGAGCAUUUGAGCUUUAGCGAUUGUAAUUUGCCCAAGUCAAACCAGAGUAGUACCCUGGAGUAUUUGAAUCUUGCAGACACAAACUUCUCUGGAGAGUUGCCUCAUUCAAUCGGAAAUCUUAAACUCCUGAAGGAAUUGAAUCUUGAUAACUGCCAAUUUUAUGGAUCAAUUCCUAGAUCUCUUGCAAAUCUUACAGAGAUAACUCGACUAGAUUUUUCUUCCAACCAUUUGCAAGGGCAAAUACCAGAUGUUUUUAGAAAAGUACACAACCUAACUUAUUUGAGAUUAGAUGCAAACAAUUUUGGUGGUGAAAUUCCUGCAUCAAUCUUCAACCUCACUAAUCUUGCUCUUUUGUCACUAUCAUCAAAUAAGCUAUUAGGUCGUGUACCAUCUUGGUUGUUUUCUCUGCCUUCUUUAUACUAUUUAGACCUUUCAAACAAUUGCCUUACCAGACCUAUUGAUCAUGUUGAGAUGCCCAAUCUCAUUUUACAAGUAGUCUAUUUGUCCAAUAAUGAGAUAAGUGGUUCAAUUCCUAGCUUCUUCUUUGAUCUUGUGUAUCUUAUUAGUGUCGACCUUUCUUCAAAUAACUUAACUGGCAUCAUUACACCCGACAUGCUUUCGAAGCUUGUAAACCUUGACAAUCUUGAUCUUUCCAAUAAUAGUUUGCUGUCUUUGAGCAAUAAUGGCACUGCUGUCAACUAUUCCUUUCUUCGGAGCCUCCGGUCUUUAACAUUCUCUUCUUGCAACAUUCACAAGUUCCCAAGUUUCUUAAGGAAGGCAAAGAAUUUGUUUGAAUUAGAUAUUUCCAAGAACAAGAUUUCUGGUCAAAUUCACAAAUGGGAAAUAGAAGGGAUGUUGUCAUUGUACUAUUUAAACCUUUCUUAUAACUUCUUGACUGGUAUAUAUUUAUUUGGUUUUGGAAAUCUGAGAACUGUUGACCUCAGAUCUAACAUACUACAAGGAUCACUUCCCAUUCUCUCAACAACUUGGGAUUCUAUGCAACAACUCUUCAUGUCAGGGAAUAAUUUGACUUGUGUAAUCCCUUUUUCUUAUUGCAAUUUGACUUCUCUUGAAGUUCUAGAUUUAGCUAAUAAUUGUUUGGUAGGAAAAAUUCCAGAAUGUCUUGGAAACUUGAGUGUUCUCUCCGUCUUGGAUUUGCGGAUGAAUAAGUUUCAUGGUAUAAUACCAAAUUCUUUUGUCAAUGGGAGUAGAUUGAGAACUCUUAACCUAAAUGGCAACCAGUUGAAAGGGAGACUGCCAUCAUCUUUGGGAAAUUGCAGUGAGUUGGAAGUUCUAGAUGUUGGGUACAACUCCUUGAAUGAUACCUUUCCAUAUUGGUUAGGUGUUCUUCUGCGGCUAAAAGUUCUAAUCCUUCGAUCUAAUCGAUUUCAUGGUGCCAUCAGCAAUUCUAUGCCUGCAUUUUACUUCCCUCAGUUAAGAAUAAUUGAUGUCGCACAGAAUGAUUUUACGGGUCUCCUACCAAGUAACUAUUUCAAAAUUUUGAAAGGUAUGAGAGAUGUAGCUCCAGCUGAUAAAGCCAACUUGGAAUACAUUGAUGGCAUUGGGCGAUGUUCUGGUUGCCUAGCUUGGGGUAAUAUUUAUAAGGAUUCUGUGAAGGUAAUAAUGAAAGGGACAGAGAGGGAGCUUGUAAGGAUCUUGAUAAUUUUCACAACUAUAGAUUUCUCGAGCAAUCAAUUUCAUGGACCGAUUCCUGAGGAGCUAGGAGAACUCAAUUCACUUUUAUUGCUAAACUUAUCUCACAAUAGUCUCAAUGGUCAAAUCCCGUCAUCACUGGGGAAAUUAGUAGAACUCGAGUCAUUAGAUCUCUCAUCAAACAAACUUGAAGGCAGGAUUCCAGAGCAAUUAACAAAGUUGACGUUCUUAUCAAUUUUGAAUCUUUCACACAAUGAACUUCAAUGCGAAGAACCAAGACCACCUUCACCACAAUUUGAUGAAGAAGAUGACUCUACAGCAGUCUUUGAGUGGAAGUUUGCAUUGGCAGGCUAUGGGUGUGGACUGGUGUUGGGACUUAGUCUGGGAUACAUUGCCUUCACUACAGGAAAACCAUGGUGGGUAGUGAAGAAAGUGGAGAAAUAUCAACAGAAAUUAGUUGGAAGGUGCAAGCAGGUGCGGUUGAUUUCCUACUUCUGGGCAGAUCUAGCAACAGUUGCUCCUUGAGCUUGUUUCCAUCUUUUUCAUGUUCAUUGUUGAUAUAUAGUUAUAUUGACUUGUGUGGGAAUUAUGGUUAUGUAUGAAUUUGUGUUGAUUUCUUUUGGAUUUGAUCUAUCUACUCUGCAUGCAGUUCUCGUGUAUUUUGUUACUGUAAUUUGAUCCUUCUGUAAUUUUUGCCGAUCAAUCUCUUCAUAUCAUAUUUUAUCCUCUUCUUUUGGUUUGGUUGCCUUUGAACGGUGCGUUUCACUGAAUAAAAAUGAAAAUUUCUU